AUGGGAUUUGCGGUAGCAACUGCCCUGACCAUCGGUCUGUGCUUUCUUGGGGAUGGUCAGGAGUACAUCGCUGUUGCCAUCAUCGCAGUGGCUAUGCCGUUCCAGUCCGUCACAGCCGCUGCCAGUUUGGUCAGUCCUGUGGAUAUAGCACCACAGUUCGCAUCCUACAUAACAGCAUUUGGAGAGGGGUUAAGUUUCGCAGCAUACUCCAUCGCCCCCCUCAGCGUGUCCUACAUCGUCCCAGACAGGACACGGGAACAAUGGUCAAUCGUCUUCUUCAUCAGCGCUGGCAUCUACGUGGUCGCAGCUGUCCUUUUCAUCAUCUUUGGUAGUGGGGAGCUUCAGGCGUGGGCAGACAACUCCGCGCCCACGAAGAAAAGUGAAAUCAACGAAGCGUACAUCAAAGAUAUGGACGAGCUGAAUUCAAACUGAAAUGCAUAAAGCCCACUUUUGUCGUGACAACUCGAGUAAUGCCCAGAUUUGCCAAAUGCUAAUGACGACUUUUUUCCGUCCUCACGCAAACUGGGUUUUGAUAAAAAUGUCAACUCAAUGUACAAGUAUUAAUUCGAAGUGUUCCAAUUAAUUGAAAUAAUCGAAAAUUAGUCGUAGUAACCAAACGACCAAGCAAUCGAUCACAUCUUCUCAUAAUCAACCACAAACGAUUUUUGAACUACAGUUUUAGUGUUUGAAACACUUGACGAAUGAAAAUAUCUUAGAAGUUGUCAAGGCCUGGAAACGUGUUUAAUUCUUAGAAAACCCAUUACACUUGCUGAAAAGUCAUGACUGAAUAUUUCUUGAAGACACUGGAAACUUUAUGUUCUGAACUUCAUGAUAUAAUAGUCAUCACUUUAAAGUAGCAAGUUGCAUCAUUUUACACUGGAUGUGAAAUUCGCAAAUGCAAUUUGCGCAGUUUCUAAAUAAAAC